AUACGUCCUCAUAGAGCAAAUUCCGAUUCUUCCAACCGAGGCGUUGAAAUUUCCUCAUUUCAUCACUCACUCUCGCCUCCAUCUCCUGAAUCACUCCCAGACACAGUUUGCAUAUACACACAAACACACAUAUAUAGAGAGAGAGAGAGAGAUGGGGGCAGUGACGACUGCGGUGAUAGCAAUAGCAGGGCUGGUGUUGGGAUGGGCAGCAAUUGAGAUCGCUUGCAAGCCUUGCCUCGAGAAGGGUCGCGAAGCCAUCGAUCGCAAUCUCAAUCCUGACUACGAUCCCGAUGAUGACAACAUUCGUGCCCCUCUCAUUCCAAACCCUCCUGUUGAUGCUGCUGACGAUUCUGAUUCCACUUCUAGCCUCAUAAAGACUGUCUGAUUGAUCUUUCUCAAUCUUGGGUACUUUCCCUCAUCUUCCUCAAUUUCUGGUGUUUGUUUUCCUGGAAAUGGAAAAAAAAAUAAAAAAAUUUGAAAAGGGUUUUCUGGGUUUUCCUUGAUUGUGCGCAGUUUGUUUGGCAGAGAAUUGAAUUUGUCGCUCUACUUUCCUCUACUUUUUUCUUUUUUUUUUUUUUUUUUGGGUUUUUUUUUUGGGUGUUUGUUUUCCUGGAAAAAGAAAAGAAGAGAAGAGUCGAAAGUUUUCCUUGAUGGUUAGUUUAUUUGGCAGGCUUUAGCUUUAUUGCUCUAAUUUAAAGUUUGAAAUAUCUACAUUGUUAAUCUGAAUGCUAUGUCAAUUUGUCAAGUACAUAUUUAAUAUCUCUGUAAGGUUUUCAAUUA